AAUGUUCGGUGAAACCGCAGUUCAAUUGAUCGAUACAGCAAAGCGUACAAGAAAAAUUCAAAAUGUUUCGCUUUAUGAAGGAGAUAAAGUUCGUGAAAUUCUUGAUGAAACAAGCAUUUUACAAGAUCACAUUGAAGCUUUAAACAAUCGAAGUCUCGACGACCUAAAUAAUCCUGACGAUGAAACAAAGUUGUUAAUUCAACUCGUUCAAAAUCACAAUUUAAAAGUUUUAAAACUUUAUCAUUCCCAAAGAUCCGAAAAAAUCAAAUUUUUUGCAAUUCAAGAAUUACCACUGUCUCAAGAAACGAGAUUAAAAUUAUCUGAAAGAGAAAGAAUUUUCCAUUCAAAAUAUAGCGAUUUGUUGAGAAAAUAUAAAUGUGAAUAUCCACCCUCGCUUAAUUUGUCUGCUACUCUA